UUCAGUUUAUAUUAGAUAAUAAUAAUGACUUGGCAUUUGUUAAAAAUAAUUAUGGUCUGUGCAGGGUGUUGGCGUUUACAGCUGACGAAUAACAAGAUUAUUAAUUUUUUUUAUAUUUUAUACUCAAUUUUUGUUCAAGCAUCACUGCUUCUUUUCUUUAUAGGCCUUGUAAUCAACAUUCCUGUAUUACUUAAACAAAAAGAUUUUGAAAAAGUUUCAGAAAGUAUCGGCUAUAGCAUCAUCGAUUCGGUUUUGUUGGUGAAAAUAUACAUAUGCCAAACACAAAAUGUACAAAAUCUGAUUGAACAAUAUCAAAUCAAUCAACGUUUAAUGUAUCGUGAUGAUCCGAAGGAAGUGCAUAAGGUUUCCGAAGCUGAUGUAACGGUUAUAAAUAAAUUAAUAAAAAUAUUAACAGUAGCAACGGCAUGCACAUGUUUAUCACUAUAUAUAAGUACUUAUCUAAAAUAUUUGGAAUAUAAGCGUUCAAAUUCAACUGGCGAGAAGCCUUUGAUAUUACCUAUAUGGUAUCCAUUUAAUACGAAUAAAUAUUAUAAAACAGCAUUUUUCGUUGGGGUUCUUUUUUGUAUUGUUGGCGGCGGUUGCUACUUGGUGAUCCAAGCUUUAUUCCUCACCCUUGUGACACAUGCAAUUAUUCAACUAAAAGCCAUUCAGAUAUUAGGAAGAGGCCUAACAAAAUUUUCUAAAAAGAACUAUGUUAAUCAUCAGUUUAAUGACGAACAAGUUAACAGAGCUACAUUACGUAAUUUAUGCCUUAAACAUCAAUCUAUUAUCAGUUUCGUCGAUAAGUUUAAUCUUGCGAUGAGAAAUAUUUUACUAAUAGAAUUUAUUCUCAAUUCAGUUAAUAUUGCUGCCUUCAUAAUACGCCUUUUAAUUAUGCAAAAUUCUUUUUGGAUGAAAAUAUUUUUGAUCACUAUAUGUAUAACACAAAUAUUUCAGUUAUUUGUUCUCGCUUGGCAUGCUAAUGAAUUACAAAUACAGAGCAUUAUGAUAUCAGAUGCAUUAUUUGAGAGUGAAUGGUACGAAACAUCAAAGAGUGUCAAAAGUACAAUAGUCUUUAUGAUGGCGAGAUCUCGAAAACCAUUGAGAUUAUUUGUUGGGCCGUUCUUUCCCAUGACAAUUAAUACCGCCAUUGCAACCAUGAAAGCCGCGUACUCAUAUGUUACCCUAAUGGUAGCUAUGACUGACAAUGGUGGAUCUUAAACCGAAUUCUUACUGUAUAAAUAUUCUUUCAGCACUUAAAAAAAA